CGAUGAGCCGCAAGCGGCGAAAGUUCCGAGAGAAGGAGAGACUCCACUGUGCAAGUUAGCCGCGUGUAUGGUUGCAGUUUUCACGGCAUCAGUGAGCGGCCAUGUGACGCAAACGACGAAAGAAUAGCUAGCGAUAUAAGUUUCUCGUUUCCGCGAGUCGAGAGCUUGCGCUAAUUGGAAGCUCGAUUCGUUAUAGCGCCUGCGAUCCGAUAUUGGCGGGAAAACGAGAACGGAAUGGCCAGUCGUUACAGUUGACGUUUGCAAUUACAGAUGCAAAGAGAGAGAGAGAGAGAGAAAAGUAAUGGAACAAUGGCGCAGAGGUCUACAUCUAAAAAUAUCGAUAUAAACGCCGCGGAGCACGCCCACACCAGUGAUAAUAAUAAGACGCUAUCCAACCGCUUUCCAGCGCCGCGACGUUCUUAAGCAGUCCAUUUUCUCUCUCUCUCUCUCUCUCUCCCUCUCCCUCUCGGCGGAUUCCUCGCGAACCAGCUCUAUAAAAGAAUACACUCCACUCCCGCGUAAUUCAAGAACAUAAUAAACAUCCCGCUUGCGCUCGCGCUCUUUCUCCGCAUAACGGGCCAGUAUAAGCGUGAGAAAGAGUGCGCGGCGCUUCGUUAGCCGGAAAAUUUCUUAAAAGCUCUCGCGCCUCUCGAUCCUGGGAAUGGCCGUCUUUGACGACGAUUUUCAAGGAGCCUCGCCGACGCCAGGACUACGCUCUACAGCUCGUUAAUGCCAUGGGACUGCUCCGCAUCUGAGGACCAGCACGCAGGAUGAAAUCUGCAGCGGCGGCGACAUCAACUGCAGUAUGACGGAAGAGCCGGCGAUCGUUACGGGAACAGCUGACUGGCGCAACCUGUCAGUGCUGGAGAACGGGAGCUUAAUCUUCGACUGCGACGAUUUUAACGGGAACAUCCCUUUCACUAGCACCUUGGCCCAGGUCAUCCUCUACAUCCUCUACGGCAGUAUGUUCGUCAUUGCGCUCGGGGGAAACAGUCUGGUCUGCGCCGCCGUCAUCAGGACUCGCAACAACCUCAGGCCGAACAACCUCACCAACUACUUCAUCGUCAACCUCGCCAUCGGGGACAUACUCAUCAACAUCUUCUGCGUGCCCACGAGCGUCUUGAGUACGCUCGUCUUCCACUACUGGCUCCUCCCGUCCCAGCUCUGCGCCAUCUUCAAUUUCUUCCAGGCGGUGGCGGUGCUCGUCAGCGCCUACACCCUCGUGGUGAUCAGCAUGGAACGCUACCUGGCGAUAAUGUACCUCUUCAGACCGAGACGCGGAACCAAGUACGCCAAGAUCUCGAUCCUCAUCGUCUGGCUGCUGGCCAUGGCCAUCUCGCUCCCCAUCUUGGUCGUCUCGGAUGUCGAGCAGCCCGACAUCAGGUACGAAAUGUGCGACUUCUACACCUGCACCGAGAAGUGGUCGGACAAGAAGCAGAAGUACUCUUACACCAUCGCCCUGCUGAUACUGCAGUACCUGGUACCUCUGCUCAUUCUCUUGUUCAGCUACAUCAGCAUCGCGAUCGUGGUCUGGGGCAAGAAAGCGCCCGGCGAGGCCGAAGACAAUCGGGAUCAGCGGAUGAUCCGCAGCAAGACGAAGACGAUCAAGAUGUUGAUGGCCGUGGUCAUCGUAUACACGAUAUGCUGGCUGCCCUUCAACGUACUUAACCUGGUAAUGGAUAUCAACGAGGACAUAAAUCGGUGGUACGGGCUCCCGUACAUCUGGGCGAUGCUGCACUGGCUGGCGAUGUCUCACGCCUGCUACAACCCUUUCAUCUACUGCUGGAUGAGCACACCAUUUCGACAGGGCAUUUUCAAUAUGCUCAAGUGCGUGCCUAUCAUCAGGCGUUUCGUCCCGGACAGGAGCCACGCUUUGAACACCAGCGCUGUAGGCAUCCCUCUCACCGGUAUGGGCCAGUCCGCCAGGGCUGACGAGGACAAUCAAUCAUUCAUUACGUCUGCCGGUGCUGUUACCUGGGCUCCCACCAGUGUUGCUUCCAGUGCUAAUCGCGCUGUUUCUUCCUGUACUGCUCCCAGUGCUGCUCCCAGUGCUGCUCCCAGUCUUGCUCCCAGUGCUGCUCCCAGUCUUGCUCCGAGUGCUGCUCCCAGUGAUGCUCCCAGUGUCUCUCCCAGUCUUGCUCCCAGUGCUGCUCACAGUGUUUCUCCAAGUGUUACUCCCUGUGCUGAUCCCAGUACUACUCCCAGUCUUGCUUCCAGUACUGCACGCAGUGUUACUCCCAGUGUUUCUCCCUGUGCUGCUCCCAGUUCUGCUCCCAGUGCUGCUCCCAGCGUUUCUCCCAGUGUUUCUCCCAGUGCUGCUCCCAGUCUUGCUUCCAGUGCUGCUCCCAGUGUUUCUGCCUGUGUUUCACCCUGUGCUGCUCCCAGUGCUGCUCCCAGCGUUUCUCCCAGUGUUUCUCCCAGUGUUUCUCCCUGUACUGCUCCCAGUGCUGCUCCCAGUCUUGCUUCCAGUGCUGCUCCCAGUGCUGCUGCCAGUCCUGCUUCGAGCUCACGAAAUGAAGCGAGCUGAAAGCACACUUUUCUUUUUUCUCUUUUGUAGUAAUAGUGCAUGACCACCUUUAUAUACUACUAUUAUGUAAGUCUUUUUAUAUUCACUUCUUUUAGCUGCGACUUGUGCGGUGUGUAUGAUCGCGCGUAGUAUGUAAGACAAUUCAUAUUACUUUUAUAUUGCAUGCAUUUUUAAUACUUUUUGACGCUUUUGAUUUUAACGCAUAUUUCUUAUCAUUUUUAUCUUAUACUAUCCACCUAAUGGUCUGCGGCUCUCUGCGUAGUUUGCAAAUAUACAAAAUAUACACUGAUACCGAAGCAAUAUCAUUUUUAAAGGAGAGUAGGAGCGACGAAUAUUUUGUAUGUACGGCGGCCUUUAUAUCGCAGUUUUUUUAAUUGGUUGUUGCUAAUUCAACCCUCGCUUUUACAUGUAUAUUGCAGCGUAUAAUGUGACACGUUUUAUGGUAAUAAAUUCCUUUUUUUCGCAACUGUA